UCAGCCGAGGGUUCUGUGUUUGCUUUACGCUGCUCGCUACAGGGGAGUCUGAUGUAGGGAAAAGAAAAGCCUGAAGCCACUACAUGGCAGUGCAUGUGAGAGGAGCAGGGCGCGCGGUCACAUCCACCUCAGUUCACAAUGCGCUCGCGCUGCUGAGAGCUACUGGCCGGUAGACUGCAGGACAGCGGGACAGAGGCACGAGCACGCGCGCUUUCAGCUUUCAGACCCGGAAUGGAGGCGGCAGCCGAUGGGGCGAGCAGCCUGGCUGAGGCCGAGGAUGGCAGCCCGUUAUCCGACGACGAACCGGAGUCUGGGGUCGGUGACAGCCCAACGAUGGAUGCAGGUGAUCCGGAUGCUGUCAAAAAGGCUUUCAUCACAGAGAUGGCAUCAUCUUCAGGCCAGCCAGGCCUCGGGAAAAAGAUGGGACACAGAGGAGUGGACGCUUCUGGAGAGACAACGUACAAGAAGACCACAUCAUCAGCACUAAAAGGAGCCAUCCAGCUCGGCAUUGGCUACACGGUGGGCAAUCUGAGCUCCAAGCCCGAGCGGGACGUCCUCAUGCAGGACUUCUAUGUAGUGGAGAGCAUCUUCUUCCCUAGUGAAGGGAGCAACCUGACACCUGCCCACCACUUUCCAGACUUCCGCUUCAAGACGUAUGCUCCUGUGGCUUUCCGUUACUUCAGGGAGCUGUUUGGAAUUCGUCCCGAUGACUAUCUGUACUCUUUGUGUAACGAGCCUCUGAUCGAGUUGUCGAACCCAGGAGCCAGCGGUUCUGUGUUCUAUGUUACCAAGGAUGACGAGUUCAUCAUCAAGACCGUCAUGCACAAGGAGGCUGAGUUCCUUCAGAAGCUUCUGCCUGGAUAUUACAUGAACCUUAACCAGAACCCUCGCACAUUGCUGCCAAAGUUUUUCGGUUUGUACUGCGUGCAGUCCGGAGGAAAGAACAUCCGGGUGGUGGUGAUGAACAACAUCCUGCCCAGGGUGGUACGCAUGCACCUUAAAUAUGACCUCAAGGGUUCCACAUACAAGCGCCGGGCCUCCAGAAAAGAGCGAGAGAAGGCAAGGCCAACAUUUAAAGACCUUGACUUCAUGCAGGACAUUCCUGAGGGCUUGAUGCUGGACGCGGACACUUACAGCGCCCUGGUCAAGACGCUUCAGAGGGACUGCUUGGUGCUGGAGAGUUUUAAGAUCAUGGAUUACAGUUUGUUGCUGGGGCUGCAUAACCUGGACCAGGCUGAGACAGAGCAGAACACUGACGGCUCGCAGAGCAGCAGUGACGGGAAGAGACCACCAGCCCAGAAAGCCCUCUACUCCACCGCCAUGGAGUCCAUCCAGGGAGCCUCGGCCUGUGGAGAGGACGUCGACACAGAGGACACGAUGGGAGGCAUCCCGGCAGUGAACAGUAAAGGAGAGCGUCUGUUGCUGUACAUUGGCAUCAUUGACAUCCUGCAGUCUUACAGGCUAAUAAAGAAAUUAGAACACACAUGGAAAGCUCUCGUUCAUGACGGGGACACAGUGUCUGUUCACCGGCCUUCUUUCUAUGCAGACAGAUUCUUCAGAUUUAUGAGCAGCACAGUAUUUCGGAAGAGCACUUCCUUGAAGUCCUCUCCCUCAAAGCGUGGUCGCGGAGGCCUUGCUGUGCUCAAAUACUCAGGGCCUGGAGCUGCAUGGUCAAUCAGCCAGCUUCCCUCCGAGAGAGACGACAGCAUUUACGACCUGCGAGGAGCCCGUAGCUUCCCCACGUUGGAGGACGAAGGACGCUCAGAUGUGCUUCCCUGCACACCUCCAUCGUUUGAAGAUGCCACCACAGCCUCCAUCGCCACUACACUCUCCUCCACCACCUCUCUCUCCAUUCCCGAGCGCUCCCCAUCUGACACCUCUGAGCACCCACGCUACAGGAGACACACCCAGUCUAGCCAAGACGGAACGACUCAGGAGGAAGAUCAGCAGACCAUCACAGUAGAGGUGGAGUUGAAGAGACAAGACAGUGAGCCUACACUAAUAGCACCGCAACCUUCUCCAGAGACAAGUGAAGAACCGGAGCUACAUGCUGAAGCUUCCUGUUCCACAGUUCCUGCGAAUCCUAAAAUAGUGGUGGACUCAGACUGCACUAGUCAAGCCUCUGGUUGCCCCAGCCACUCCUCUGUAGACGAGGAUGAUGAUGUGCCAAUUACUGAUAUCUACUUUCCUCCGGAGGAGAGGAGCUGGGUUUAUUCUCCUCUGCACUACGCUACAGAGUCUAGGACUCUGCCCACAGGGGAUGAGGACAGCGAUACCCAGUGAGUGUGACAACUCCGGAGAUCGAUCAAGCGUGACGUGGCUUCCAACUCAACUGACUAAACUUCCUACCACAUUUUUAAUUGACUGGUGUCUUCGAUUCUCAUCCCAUCCUGAUCCAGAACUACUUGCAGGCUGCAGUGUGAAGCUUUGUGUUGAACGUACACUAGCGUCAUUCCCCUGUUUUCCUCCUGUCAUUCCAUCUACUACUAACAGCACCACACCAACCAGUAAUAACUGUAUCCUUAGAGAUAACAUUCCUGUAAUUCAUAAAACGUUUUUUAUUUGUUUUUUUACUUUUCUAUGUGUGUGAUUCUCUGAGUGUGAUACUGUGAACAUGCUUUUCAUAUGUAUAGAUAAAACGUUUGGUGUGUAAUGUGAGUUUGGAGGAAGCUUGCUCUGUAUUCUACAAUUAACUUCACUCUGUGAUAUAAUGAACUAUUGGUAAUGUUAUACUGUCAGCUAUAUCAGGGGUGGACAAAUGAUAAAUUUAUUAGCCAACCCACCAGCCCAGAGUUCUUACCCAGUCUGAUGUUUUGGUUGCCCGGAAACCCGAUUAACCAAGCUAAAAACUGGUACCUAGCAUAAUGUAGUAACAUAUGGCCAGGUAGUAAGUUAGUACUUUAAUACAAACUAAAGGAAUCAAAUUAGUAUAUGAAUUCCAAGGAAGGGGAUGACUCCGACGAUGUGCUUAUCCUCCCCUGAUUUAGUUUGCAAUGUAGCACGUUGUGUUUGCAAACUUGACGAAACGUCACCAAGUUGUUGCUGAAUUUCGGCUGUGAGAUGUUUUGUUCUCUCCUCACAUCACUUAAAUGGAUUUGGUUGAUUAAAAAUAUGACUUAAAUCGGGCUAGCAUCUUUCAACAUGUUCAACACGCAUUUCCUGUCAACAUGUUUAACUGAGAGGUGACUGAGAGUUAGAUGACUGUGAUGCACUUUGUUUUGCUCAGUUUCACCUGUGUAAGAUUGUCCAUCAUCUGUGUGCACUAAUUAGUUUACCUAGUAUAAAACAUCCUACCAGCGCCGUGGCGGAUGUGUGUAGUGGAGCAGGUGGUGGAAUUCAGAAGCAUCGUACCAAUAUAAAGCACAGUAGGUUUAAACAGAAAUACCAAAUGAAAAUGUUAGUUUUUAAAUAGUUCAUGGGAAGUAAAUAUUAGUUCCAUAAUCUUAUUGAUGAACCUAAUUGUCCAUUUGGUAACAAUGAAUCACUUGCUUACCUCGGGUACCCAGGUCAGUAAUUUGUUCACCUCGGCAUAUAGACCGUUAUCUCUAAAUCUUACGGCCUCAUGCAUAACGUUGGUCAAACAUUAUUCAGGACAACAAUAUCGUGACACAUGGGACAGAAAGACAGUUGCUUUAAACCGUUCUCUUUUUUUUUGUUUUGCUGGCGUUAACACACCCUUCUAGCUCAGCAAUGCAAAUUCACACAAGUGAGAGGAACAUGAUUAACAAACAGCAACAUGCUCCGACUAAACAGCAAGAGCAAUGAAACAAGUUUGUUCUCAAAAGGAAUAUUCCAGCGUUCUUGAUUUCCCCAACCUAAUCUCUCUAUAUACCACAUGUGUAAUACAUAGGCAGAUAGUCGUGACAACAGUAUUGACAUUUCCUUGUACAGAGAAAAGAACAAAAAGCCUUGGGGCAGAUGAUCAAUUCUGUCAAAACAACAUUUAUAUUAUACAACUGUAUAAGGUGAAUGAACAACUCUAAUAUUAAAUGUAUUUUAAAUGAGACAGAGGUGAGACCAAAAGCUUUUCUUCUAUAGAUUUAUCCAACUUUACAGCACUGGCACAGUAUAGUUUAAAAAAAAGUAAUUCCAGUUACUUACACUUUUUUUGGGUUUUGUGAAGCAGCAAUAUAUAAAUUCUUUCUUGUGAGAAAGUUGUUCCAUCUCUUUUACACAAGAAUGAAUUAUACUGAUAGAGCUUAAUUUACUUAGAAAUACUUUUAAAAUACUUAGAGCUUAAUUUACAGAGACAUAACUGAAAAAGUGACAAAAGUCCUUUAUAACAUUUUUUGAUAUUCCAACAACUUCAAUUAUAAAUGACUUUCAAGUAAACAGAUUUUAAUUUCUAGUACAAGGAAAAGUGGCCAGGUUUGUUCACUACAGAAGUGAUAAAUAGAGAAUAGUUUGAAAAACAUUCAGAGUUUUAUGCAAGCUGUAACAUACACAUGGAUUAUUUGUUGACUGAGGUAUUACGGAUGGUUUGAUCUGCUUUUGAUGCAUUCUGGGCGAUUUCAGCUCCUGCAGAUUUCUUUAAGCCUCUCAAGGAUCACCCAAGAAACUUCAGUUGAGUUUAUAAAGUACAGCUUCUAACAAACAUGAUGACCAAGUGGGAAUGACCAAGGGGAAGUCAAAAGGAGCGUGUUAAUUAAACACAGCAUUGGAAAUAAUUGAUAUGUUUCCACACACAAUAUAUAGAAUCACAGCAGAUUUUAUUUGGGUUAUUUGAGGUUAAAGACACUAUAAAUUCCCAGUUUCCUGAGAACUCUUCCUUAUGAAGGCUGUAUUUACAUUUUCAUGUUCGAUAAAGGCCUAUCUUUAAAACUUAUAGACAUGCUUUCCUCUUACGACUGUUCAACCACAGCACUUUAUUUCACCAUAUCACAAUCAUUUGAGCGGAUGUUUCCUACCAGUGUUGUGAUCUACAAUGCAGGAAAGGUUUAAAGAAUUUGUUCAAAUGUAUAUUUAUUUGUAUGUAUAGAGUAAUUUACGUGUGUAUGUGUUUGAAAGUGUGAGCGUGAGGACGUGUGAUUUAAUAGAUAUUUGAUGGGUGUUAAAAUGCUGAUCACGAUCACAAUGCUGUUGUGUGAUAUAAUGGACCUACAGCAGCAAUACAGCGUGUUUGUCAUUUUUGGUUGCCUUAUUUAUUUCUUAUUUUUAGUGUUCUGACACCAUAGUUAGUGACUCAAUAAUGAUAUGUACAUAGAAAUAUAAAUACAAAUAAUGAAGAAAUACUGACUAUAUUUUAUCCUGUGAAUUUGGAGGUUGUUUUUUUUUGUUUGUUUGUUUGUUUGGUUGUUUUUUGUUUUUUUUUACUUCCCUCAAGCUGCACAUAAAAAUGAAUCAAGUGAAGCAGAUUCUUCCCAAGAUGAAGAGCGUGCAGCCGUAUUUGCGUUUCAGACGUCACUUUGUGCCGUAUGUGUAAACUUUACUGAAUAUGCAAAUAAUACGAUUGCAUCAUCUUAUGAAAGUUAAGCUGUGUCUGUGUAUGUGUGGUUAAAAAUGUGUGGCCAUGAUCAAUUAGACUAACUGACGCUGUAGAGACCAAGCAUGUUGUCAUUGAAAAUUGUAAAUAUAAAUUGAAAAUUAAACAUUUUAUCCUUUUUUAUUUAUACAAGAAGCUUAAAGAGAUGGUUCAGCGAAAAAUCUUUAUUUACAUGAUUUUCCCUUUAAAACAAGUGUAAUCGAUCAACCAAGACCUGUCUGGUUUUGCAAUGGAGCUAUGAGGUUAUUGUAGCUAACAAGUAAUGAAAGGCUAUCUCACCCAAAGUUAUCUGUAAAUAAUCAUCCAGUUAUUAAGUAAUGUUAAUGCUGUAAUGUUAUGAUGUUAUAGAAAACUCGGGGGAAAUUGUGCAAAUGAUUUUUUUUUUUGCUGAACUGUUUCUUUAAUUGAUGAGUAGUUCAUAAGAGUGUGUGUGUGUGUGUAUGUGUGUGAGAGAGAGAGUCUGUGUACACGUGCAAGUGCAUUUAUUUGACUUUCUCUGGAAAUAAAUAUACUUGACAGCUGUUAA